GGUGCCGAGUGGAGCCGAGACGCCGCUGGGGGCGGGUGCCAGGUGCCGGGAGGCGGCUGUGCUCUCCGGCUGGAGCGGCCGCCGGGGGUGCUACCCGGCGUGGACGGGAGCCGGUUAGGUUCCGGCGUGGUGGUUCGGGAAGUCGGGGCCUCAUGGGGCCGCCGGGCUCUUGAGGUGUUGGAGAGCGGCGGAAGCCCGCCUGGCCUUGGGCCCCUGCCCCAGGCAACCGGCACAUUUCCCGGAGCCCCUCGCCCGGCCACUCUGGGGGGUGGUCGCGGAGGAGCUCCGUGCACUUUGCGUCUAGAAAGGAGGCUUUUUAUUGCCUUUUUUUUUGGGGGGGGGGUUUGUGGACCCUUUUCUUCUGGAAAGACUUUCGUUUAGCUGCAGCGCCGACUCUUCUAAUGUCCGUUUGUCUGUCUGACUCCUGUUCAGCGUCUGACUCUUGACACCUCGGUUCCCUGGAAGAUGCUGGAGUCGUACGUGACUCCGAUUUUGAUGAGCUACGUGAAUCGCUACAUCAAGAACUUGAAACCUUCCGAUCUCCAGCUCUCGAUCUGGGGCGGAGACGUGGUUCUCAGCAAACUGGAGCUCAAGUUGGAGGUGCUGGAGCAGGAAUUGAAAUUGCCAUUCACUUUUUUAAGUGGACAUAUUCAUGAGUUGAGGAUCCAUGUACCAUGGACAAAACUGGGUUCAGAACCAGUAGUAAUUACCAUCAAUACAAUGGAGUGCAUCUUGAAACUUAAAGAUGGAAUACAGGAUGACCAUGACAGCUGUGGUUCUAAUUCCACCAAUCAUAGCACCACUGAGAAUACAAAAUUAUCAGCAAAACCUCGAAGAAUUCAGCAGGCUGCUCCCACGGAUCCUGAUUUACCACCAGGUUAUGUGCAGAGUUUGAUUAGAAGAGUUGUAAAUAAUGUAAACAUAGUUAUAAAUAAUCUCAUACUAAAAUAUGUUGAAGAUGAUAUAGUUCUCUCAGUCAACAUAACUUCUGCAGAAUGCUAUACAGUAGGUGAAUUAUGGGAUCGUGCAUUCAUGGAUAUUUCUGCAACUGAUCUGGUAUUGAGAAAGGUUAUCAAUUUUUCAGACUGUACAGUUUGUCUUGAUAAACGAAAUGCUAGUGGUAAAAUUGAAUUUUACCAGGACCCUUUAUUAUACAAAUGUUCCUUCAGAACUCGUCUGCAUUUUACAUAUGAUAACCUGAAUUCCAAGAUGCCAUCUGUUAUUAAAAUUCAUACAUUAGUAGAGAGCUUGAAACUUUCCAUCACAGAUCAACAGCUGCCAAUGUUUAUCCGUAUAAUGCAGCUUGGGAUUGCUCUUUAUUAUGGAGAAAUAGGCAGUUUUAAAGAUGGAGAAAUGGAAGACCCUACUUGUCACGAUAAAGAUAUGUUAGGAAAUAUUGCAGGUACUGAAGAUGAAGCAAGAAUAGAUGUACAAUAUCCUGCUCAGUACAAAAGUCAAGAGUUGUAUUCACAACAAGAAGAUGAACAGCCACAGGGAUGGGUUUCAUGGGCUUGGUCAUUUGUGCCUGCAAUUGUGAGUUAUGAUGAUGGUGAAGAUGAUUACCUUGGAAAUGAUCCUACAGCAACCACACAUCAACAAAAAGCACAGACGUUGAAAGAUCCUGUUAUUUCUGUAGGAUUUUACUGCACAAAGGCAACUGUUACAUUCAAACUCACUGAAAUGCAAACUGAAAGUAGUUACUAUAGCCCUCAGAAAGUAAAAUCUAAAGAAAUUUUGUGUUGGGAACAAGAAGGAACUACAGUUGAGGCCCUUAUGAUGGGAGAGCCUUUUUUUGAUUGCCAGAUUGGUUUUGUAGGUUGCAGAGCCCUGUGCCUUAAAGGAAUUAUGGGUGUUAAAGACUUCGAAGAAAAUAUGAAUAGAAGUGAAACUGAAGCCUGCUUUUUUAUUUGUGGUGAAAAUUUGAGUAUGAAGGGUCUUACCUACCUUACAAAUUCAUUGUUUGAUUAUCGAAGCCCAGAAAAUAAUGGUACUCGUGCAGAAUUUAUCUUGGAUGCAACCCAUCAUAAGGAGGUGUACACAGAGCUUGCUGGAAUGCAAAGGUUUGGGGCUUUUUAUAUGGAUUAUCUGUAUACAAUGGAGAACACCAGUGGCAAAGGCUCUCCAAAUCAACAAGACUUUUCUCCAGGAAAAACUGAUGAUUUGGGAAUAGUUGAGGAGAAGUCUACCAAAAACCUUGUUAUAGGCCCUCUUGAUUUUCACUUGGAUAGCAGUGCAGUACAUAGAAUUAUGAAAAUGAUUGUUUGUGCCUUGGAGCAUGAAUAUGAGCCAUAUACUUCACUAAAACCAGAUAUAAAAAAUGAAACUGAAACAGUACUGAAUUAUGAUGAAGUGGCUUCUUUGGAGGAAUAUAUUCCCACUCGACAGACAAGUAUUACUCUCCUCAAAUGUACCUGCACAAUUCUGAUGGCUGAAUUCAACUUGCUGGAUCAUUUGCUUCCUGUUAUUAUGGGAGAAAAGAACUCGAGUAACUUCACAAAUACUACAAGCUUCCAGUCCCUUCGACCUUUGCCAUCCAUUCAGAUAGUAGUGGAUAAAAUUAAUCUGGAGCAUUCUGUGCCGAUGUAUGCUGAACAUUUGGUGCAUGUGGUCAGCAAUCUUACUCAGCCUUCUGAUAAUCUUCUCCAUUAUUGCUAUGCACACUGCUACCUUAAGAUAUUUGGUUUCCAGGCAGGACUGACGGCUUUGGAUUGCAGGGGAUCUUACUGCUUACCUGUACCUAUAAUCCCCUCUUUUAGCACAGCUCUUUAUGUGAAACUUCUAAAACUGCCCACAUUCUGGACCAACAGAUCUCAGAUUCCUAUAACUGAAGGUAUAUUUGAACUUCCAAAUCUCACACUUCAAGGCACAAGGGCACAGACACUUCUGCUACAAGCAAUAUAUCAAAGUUGGUCUCAUAUUGGAAAUGUUAGCUCUUUAGCAAUAAAUGAAGCUUUGAUGAAUGAAGUUUUCCAAACUAGAGGUGUGAAAUCUAAGAAUCCCCUGCCAACUCUUGAGGGCUCAAUCCAGAAUGUUGAAUUGAAGUACUGCUGCACAUCAUUGGUCAAAUGUGCCUCUGGGACCAUGGGAUCAAUAAAAAUUUGUGCCAAAGCCCCAGGUGACAGUGGAAAAGACAAAUUGAUUCCAUUGCUCCAGGGUCCUUCUGAUACUAAAGACCUUCAUAGUAGCAAGUGGCUCAAUGAAAGUAGAAAGCCUGAAUCUCUUUUAGCUCCUGAUUUAAUAGCCUUUACAGUCCAAGUUCCACAACAUAUGGACUAUUGUCACAAUUCUGGUGCUGUACUUCUGUGUAGUGUACAAGGACUAGCUGUUAACAUUGACCCAGUUUUAUACAACUGGCUCCUUUAUCAGCCUCAGAAACGAACCAGUAGACACAUGCAGCAGCAGCCUGUGGUAACUGUCCCUCUGGUUAUACCAACUAGCAGAAGGAAAGAGGAUGAAAUUUCUGUUGGAAGUGCACCUUUGGCAAAGCAACAAUCCUGUCAGGCCUCUGAAUAUGCCAGCAGCCCUAUAAAAACAAAAACAAUAACAGAAUCUCGACCAUUGUCAGUUCCUGUGAAGACCAUGCUGAAAAUGUCUGAAGGCUGCAAAAGUCCUGAAGAAAGAAUGAAAGAAUUUAUUGGAACUGUAUGGAAUGCAGUAAAGUGUCUCACACUGCAGCUUGAAGUACAAUCUUGUUGUGUAUUCAUUCCAAAUGACAACCUGCCUUCCCCAAGUACAAUUGUAUCGGGUGACAUUCCUGGAACAGUAAGAAGUUGGUAUCAUGGACAAACCAGCAUGCCAGGAACACUUGUCUUCUGCUUUCCUCAAAUUAAGAUUAUCAGUGCUGGCCACAAAUGCAUGGAACCUCUGCAGGAGAUUCCAUUUGUCAUCCCACGGCCCAUCCUUGAAGAAGGUGAUGCUUUUCCUUGGACCAUCAAUUUGCAUCAUUUCAGUGUAUACACACUUUUUGGAAAACAAGUAACACUUUGCCUAGUGGAACCUAUGGGUUGUACCUCUACUCUGGCUGUUACAUCUCAAAAACUCCUUUCUACAGGACCUGAUACAAGGCAUUCAUUUGUUGUGUGUCUCCAUGUUGACCUAGAGUCACUUGAGAUAAAAUGCUCAAAUUCCCAGGUGCAGCUCUUAUAUGAACUUACUGAUAUCAUGAAUAAGGUCUGGAAUAAGUUUCAGAAGAGAAGCAACUUGAGCUGUUCAGCAUAUCCAGAGACCCUGGCAGGGCCUGUCCCUAGUUCUCCAGUUAGAAGCAGUGUGGGCACAGCUCCUCCAGAUACCAGCACAUGCAGCCCAUCUGCUGAUGUUGGCACUACUACUGAGGGAGAUUCUUUACAAGCAGGUGAUGAGUCACCAUUCUCGGAUUCUGUCACCUUGGAACAAACUACAAGUAACAUUGGUGGAUCCAGUGGUCGUGUUAGUUUGUGGAUGCAGUGGGUGCUCCCCAAAAUUACAAUAAAGCUCUUUGCUCCGGAUCCUGAAAAUAUAGGCACAGAGCUUUGUAUGGUCAGUGAACUAGAAGAUCUCAGUGCUUCCAUCGAUGUCCAAGAUGUCUACACCAAAGUCAAAUGUAAAAUAGAAAGUUUCAAUAUUGACCACUAUCGAAGCAGGCAAGGGGAAGGUUGGCAGUCAGGACAUUUUGAAGGAAUAUUUCUACAAUGCAAAGAAAAACCUGUGACAACUGCAAAACUUCUAGAAGGUUCUCACCAGCAGCAUGGAUUUCUCUCUUUGACAUAUACAAAAGCUGUCACAAAAAAUGUCCGCCACAAGUUAACGUCAAGAAAUGAGCGAAGAAGUUUUCAUAAGUUAUCUGAAGGUUUAAUGGAUGCUUCCCCUCAUUUUCUUCAUGAAAUUCUUCUUUCUGCCCAAGCCUUUGAUAUUGUCCUUUGUUUUCCUUUACUUAAUGCUAUUACAAGUAUAUUUCAAGCAAAAUUACCAAAGACCCAGAAAGAGAAGAGAAAAUCUCCUGGUCAGCCCAUGAGGACCCAUACACUGACUUCACGCAAUUUACCAUUGAUUUAUAUCAACACAAGUGUAAUCAGAAUUUUUGUUCCAAAGACAGAAGAAAUGCAGUCAAAUGUUGAAGUUACUCAGGCAGCAAAAGAGGAUACCAUGGUUCUACGGAUUGGCUCUGUUGCUGUGGCUCCCCAGGCUGACAAUCCACUAAGCAGAUCUGUCCUCAGGAAAGAUAUUUACCAGAGAGCCUUGAAUUUAGGAAUUCUUCGAGACCCUGGUUCAGAAAUUGAAGACAGACAAUACCAAAUAGACCUGCAAUCCAUUAAUAUUGGUACUGCGCAGUGGAAUCAACUAAAACCAGAGAAGGAAAGUGUCACAGGAGGAGUGCUAACAGAGAGUGAAAGGAAUUCUCAAAAUCCAGCACUUGAAUGGAAUAUGGCCAGCAGUAUACGACGGCAUCAAGAAAGAAGAGCUAUUUUGACUCCCAUUUUAACAGAUUUUUCUGUUCGAAUAACUGGAGCACCUGCCAUUAUUUUCACCAAAAUAAUUUCUCCAGACAAUAUGCAUACUGAGGAGAUUUUAGUGUGUGGCCAUUCCUUGGAAGUGAAUAUAACCACAAAUUUGGACUUCUUCCUAAAUGUGACUCAAGUUCAACUCUUACAUCAGUUAGUAGUAGCAAAUAUGGCUGGACUAGAACCAUCCAAUAAGGCCACGGAGAUCUCUAAGCAGGAGCAGAACAAAAUGGAAACUUUUGAUGGCAGCAUGGCAGAAAUCUCAUCUCGAUACAGUGGUGCUCAGGACAGUGGAAUUGGCAGUGACAGCGUUAAAAUCAGGAUAGUGCAAAUUGAGCAGCACAGUGGUACCAGUCAGCAUCGAAUUGCCCGCCCUUCACACCAGUCAUCAAUUGUAAAAAAUCUGAAUUUUAUUCCUUUUGACAUAUUUAUUACUGCAAGUAGAAUCUCACUAAUGACAUAUUCCUGUACAGCCUUACCAAAAUCAAAAUCACAAGAACUGAAGGAUAAUGAAAAAACAAGUAAGAGCUCCGUAAAUCUCCCAGAAGUUGACUCAGAUGUUGCUAAGUCCAGCCAGGCAUGUAUUUCCACAGUAACGGCAGAAGAUCUCCUAGGCAGCAGCAUAUCUUUCCCAUCAAGGAAAAAAAUAGGGGUCAUCUCUCUUGAAAGUCUACAUGCAUCCACAAGGUCAUGUGCUAGACAAGCUCUUGGUAUAACUAUCGUUCGGCAACCUGGACGAAGAGGAGAUGGUGACUUGCAACUAGAACCUUUUCUCUACUUGAUUGUGUCCCAGCCGUCCUUGCUUCUGAGUUGUCACCAUAGAAAGCAGCGCGUUGAAAUAUCCAUCUUUGAUGCUGUGCUGAAAGGGGUAGCCUCUGAUUAUAUAUGCACAGAUCCUGGGAAAACUUUGCCUGAAGCUCUUGAUUACUGCACAGUUUGGCUACAGACAGUACCUGGAGAAGUAGACACCAAAAGUGGUAUACCACCGUCCCUGGUAACACUACAAAUUAAAGACUUUCUUAAUGGACCAGCAGACAUCAACUUGGAUAUAUCAAAACCAUUUAAGGCAAACCUGAGUUUUACCAAACUUGAUCAAAUAAACCAUUUUUUAAAGAAGAUAAAAACUACAAACAACAAAGAAACUUCAGCCCAGCCUGAUGGAGCACUGAAUAAAGAUGAGCUUUUAGCUUCCAAGAGUUACCGCAGAAAGUUGUUUAAACCUAACAUUCAUGGUGAUGGAGCACACAAGAUUCCAUGUCAAGAGAACUUGUGGAAAACUGUUUCCUGCUUUCAAAAAAUUUCUGUUCAUACUACGCAGAUUGUGGUCUCCAUAGAAACUGUCCCCCAUCCUAGCAAACCGUGCCUGCUAGCAUCUUUAUCAGCCCUCGACGGGUGUCUUAAUGUGAAAGCAACACAGAAAGUACCUGGUGUAAUUCUUGGGUCGUCAUUUCUACUCAACAUAAAAGAUUUUCUCCUUAAAACAAGCCUCAAAGAAAGAAGUCGAGUUCUGAUAGGCCCAUGUUGUGUUACUGCCAGUCUGGAAGCUAAAUGGUGUAAACACAGUGGCAAUCCAGGCCCAGAACAGACCACACCAAAAAUAUCCAUUGAUUUAAGAGGAGGCCUGCUACAGGUUUUCUGGGGUCAAGAACAUUUGAAUUGUUUAGUUCUUCUACAUGAGUUACUCCAUGGAUACCUUGAUGAGGAAGGAAAUUGUGAAGUGCCAAUUUCUGAAGCAGUACCACAAAUGCCAUCGCCUUUGGAAAAGAAUCAGCCAUUUAAAAAUGAACAAAGUUCAGAUGAUCUACGGACUGGUCUGUUCCAGUACAUUCAGGAUGCUGAACCUAUAAAAAUGCCUGGUGCCUAUGAAGUAUUCUUUUACAAUGAAACUGAAGACACCCCAGGGAUGAUGCUAUGGAGAUAUCCAGAACCUAGAGUGUUGACUCUCGUGCGAAUAACCCCUGUCCCCUUCAACACAACAGAGGAUCCAGAUAUUAGUACAGCUGACCUUGGUGAUGUGCUACAGGUUCCUUGUAGUUUAGAGUACUGGGAUGAACUCCAGAAGGUUUUUGUUGGAUUUCAAGAAUUUAGUCUCUCUGAGAGCAAAGUUUGUGAACUGCAAUUGCCAGACAUCCUUGUGAGUGACCAGAAGAAAUUGGUAUCCUCGGACCUUUGGAGAAUUGUCUUGAACAACAAUCAGAAUGGAGCUGAUGACCAAAGCUCUGCAAGUGAAUCUGGCUCUCAAAGCACUUGUGACCAACUGGUAACUCCAACAGCCCUGGCUGCCUGUACCAGAGUGGACUCCUGUUUUACACCAUGGUUUGUUCCUUCUCUUUGCAUUUCCUUCCAGUUUGCUUACCUGGAAUUUCAUCUCUGCCAUCACUUUGAUCAACUAGGCACAGCUCCACUACAAUACCUACAGCCAUUUAUUUCUGAUAAAAAUGUACCAACUGAACUGGAAUACAUGAUUAUUUCCUUCAGAGAACCACACAUGUAUCUUCAACAGUGGAAUAAUAGUUCCAACUCUCAGAAGAUCCGGUAUGCAGCUGAAGUUGAGUGUAAACUUCUUGAGUACAGAAAUGUGACAAUGCAAAGCAUGGUAAAACCUUUCAGCAUCUCUGGACAGAUUGCAGUUUCCAGCGAUAUAAUAGAAAAGCUGUUUGACUGCACCAUCACAGUUGACUCUGUGUUUGUAAACUUUGGACAACAUGCAGUUCACUCUCUAAACACUGCAGUACAAGCUUGGCAACAGAACAAAUGCCCUGAGGUAGAGGAGUUGGUCUUCAGCCAUUUUGUGAUCUGUAAUGACACACAGGAGACACUGCGGUUUGGCCAGGUGGAUACUGAUGAAAAUAUUCUACUGGCGAGUCUCCAUAGUCACCAGUACAGCUGGCGUUCUCACAAAUCCCCACAGCUGCUACACAUCUGUAUUGAAGGUUGGGGCAAUUGGCGUUGGUCGGAGCCUUUCAGCAUGGACCAUGCAGGGACUUUUAUUAGAACAAUUCAGUACAAGGGUCGAACUGCUUCACUCAUCAUCAAGGUCCAACAACUCAGUGGAGUGCAAAAGCAGGUAAGUUUAUGUCCCAUGACCAAAAUGACUCUUAAUUAUUUGAUUACUACUUUCAGCAUUUGCUCGAGGGUAGAGCAGUCUUCUGUGAAAUCCAGCUCCCUUCCUUGCUGGGACUUGAUGCCUGACAUCAGCCAGUCCACGCUAGAUGCAUCCCUGCUUCAGAAACAGGUCUUGCUGGCCUUUUCUCCAGCCACAGGUGCCAGUAGCCCACAGUGCUGGAGCCUGCCAGCUGUAGUUAGACCAGAAUUUCCCAGACAGAGUGUGGCAGUGCCCGUCGGGAGUUGUAGAGAAGAUGGAUUCUGUACCAGGGCUAUAGCACUGACAUAUCAAGAGCACCUUGGAAUAACUUAUUUAACUCUCUCAGAAGAUCCAAGCCCUCGAAUAAUUUUCCACAACAGAUGCACAGUAACAAUACUUACAAAGGAAAAUAUCAAAGAUAUUCCAAAGUUUGAGGUUUAUUGCACAAAAAUUCCUCCUGAAUGCUCAAUUCAUCAUGAGCUAUAUCAUCAGAUUUCCAGCUAUCCAGAUUGCAAGGCCAGAGACUUACUUCCUAGCCUCCUUUUGAGAGUGGAAUUGCUGGAUGAAGUAACUACUGAAUGGAGUGAUGCUGUUGACAUCAACAAUCAGGGAACACAGGUCGUGUUCCUGACUGGGUUUGGCUAUGUAUACAUAGAUGUUGUCCAUCAGUGUGGCACAGUCUUUGUCACUCUGACCCCAGAAGGAAAAGCAGGACCCAUUUUAACUAAAAGCAAAAGCACUCUGGAGAAAAUUGUGACAUUUAAAAUGUUCAUCACUCAGUUGAGCCUGGCGGUGUUCGAUGACCUCACCCACCACAAUGCAUCAUCGGAACUUCUGAGACUCACCCUGGACAAUGUUUUUCUCCACAUGGCCCCUGCGGCUGGCGACCUCCCUGAGGAGGAGACCCCUGCUGCUGUCCUUCAGCUCUACUGUGUGGAGGUCUACUGUGGCGACCUGCAGUUGGACAACCAGCUAUAUAACAAGUCCAAUUUCCACUUUGCUGUCUUGGUCUGCCAGGGAGAAAAACCAGCACCGACUCAGAGUUCCAGAAUUCUGAGUCUCCCGGUAGACAGCAAAGAUCUGGAAGAAUACAAGGAAAACUGUUUCAUCAAACUUUGCCUCACUUUAAGUGAGGGCAGUAGCACCUCCUUUGAUGUGAACGAGUUCAGUUUUGAGUUAAAACCUGGCCGGUUGUAUGUAGAAGACACAUUUGUAUACUACAUCAAAACUCUGUUUGACACUUACCUUCCCAAUAGCAGGCUGACUGGGCCCCCCAUCAGACCAUCACACUCUACACAACUUUUGCCCACGCAGGUCAGACAACACACCCAUGCCCUGGUGAAUCCUGUCAAGUUGCGGAAACUGGUGAUCCAACCAGUGAACCUCUUGGUCAGCAUCCACGCCUCCCUGAAGCUGUACAUCGCCUCUGACCACACCCCACUCUCCUUCUCUGUGUUUGAAAGAGGCCCCAUCUUCACCACGGCCAGGCAACUGGUCCAUGCACUGGCCAUGCACUAUGCUGCUGGAGCCCUUUUCAGAGCAGGCUGGGUGGUUGGGUCUCUGGAAAUCCUCGGCAGCCCGGUGAGCCUGGUGCGAAGCAUUGGGAAUGGCAUCGCUGACUUCUUCAGGCUUCCUUAUGAGGGACUGACAAGGGGUCCAGGAGCCUUCGUGAGUGGGGUUUCCAGAGGGACAACGUCAUUCGUGAAGCACAUUUCAAAAGGUACCCUCACCUCCAUCACCAACCUGGCCACCAGCCUGGCCCGCAACAUGGAUCGACUCUCGCUGGACGAGGAGCACUACAACCGGCAGGAGGAGUGGCGGCGACAGCUUCCCGAGAGCCUGGGCGAGGGCCUCCGACAGGGCCUGUCCCGGCUGGGCAUCAGCCUUCUCGGUGCCAUUGCUGGUAUCGUCGAUCAGCCAAUGCAGAACUUUCAGAGGACAUCUGAAGCCCAGGGUUCAGCAGGACACAAGGCCAAGGGUGUCAUCUCGGGUGUGGGGAAAGGCCUCAUGGGAGUGUUCACAAAGCCCAUUGGAGGGGCUGCUGAGCUUGUGUCACAGACUGGCUAUGGUAUUUUACACGGAGCUGGCCUUUCUCAGCUUCCCAAACAACACCACCGGCCAACUGACCUACAAGCGGACCAGGCUCCAAAUAGCCACGUCAAAUAUGUCUGGAAAAUGCUUCAGUCUCUGGGCAGGCCGGAGGUCCACAUGGCUUUGGAUGUGAUUCUCGUGAGGGACUCGGGCCAGGAGCACGAGGGGUGCCUACUGCUGACGUCAGAAGUGCUCUUCGUGGUGAGCAUCAGCGAGGACACACAGCAGCAGGCCUUCCCCAUCACCGAGAUUGACUGUGCACAGGACAGUCGGCAAAGCAACCUGCUCAUCGUGCAGCUCAGGCAGCCACACGUGGCCUGUGAUGUGGAGGUGGAUGGAGUCCGAGAGAGACUGUCAGAGCAACAGUACAACAGACUUGUGGACUACAUCACAAAGACAUCCUGUCACCUGUCCGCCAGCUGCUCUUCCAUGCAGACCCCAUGUCCCGUGGUAGCUGUGGAACCUCUUCCCUCCACGGUUAAAAUGUACCAUUACUUGGUUGAUACACAUUUUGCUCAAGUUUUCAUUAGUAAGUUUACCAUGGUGAAAAAUAAAGCCCUGAGGAAAGGGUUUCCUUAAAUCUCUAUUCUUAGGAACUGAUUGCUAUUUAUAUGAUGUAUUUUUUGGGAGCGAAACCUAAAGUUCUAACAUCUAAUAUGCAAGACCAACACUGCAGUCAGUAUUCUAGUCUCCUAAAAUGCAGAUUUUUUAAAAAACUUUUCCCCCCUUUUGUUGCCCUUGUUUAUCGUCGUCGUUGGAUAGGACAGAGAGAAAUCAAGAGAGGAGGGGAAGACAGAGAGGGGGAGAGAAAGAUAAGACACCUGCAGAUCGGCCUAUGAAGCCAACCCCCUGCAUGGUGGGGAGCCGGGGGCUCGAACCGGGAUCCUUACGCCAGUCCUUGCGCUUUGCACCAUGUGUGCUUAACCCACUGUGUCACUGCCUGGCUUCCUAAAAUGGAGAUUUAAGAAAAUAUUUUUAUUGUUUCUUUUCCAUCAAGGAAAAUAAUCUAUUGCAAUCUUCAUAUCACAUGUAAAAAAUGCAUUCAACUGUGCUCUAAGUAAGGCCUACUAGCUUUGCUCUAAUGCUGAAGUAAGCCUUAGAACAGUAGCAGUCAAAUCUUCAUUCCUAAUUGCAUCUGUUUUUAAGCAGAGGCGUAGAUUCUUGAAAUUAAAAUGCUUAAGACCAGCUAUUAAUGAAAUGUGUUAUCAUUCUUUUAGUAAAAGUUGCUGUGCAUAUAUUCCUUCCUUAAAAUCUGCAUUUUUACAGAAGUUUGGAUAACUAGGUUAUUUUGAAAAAGCUUUUCUAGUUAGUUUGCUUUAUUUGUAGAACCAUAGAAACUCAACUAAGGACACUGGUUCAUUUUCAUCACUAGUAAACUUGCCUAGUAAAACAAUUAUGACCUAAUUCAACAGAAUUCAUAAUGUCCUUGGGACCUUGUAAUGAAGUAAACAACUUCAUUAACCUACAGUGAACAAGUCCAGGAAGUUUAUUUUGCUGACUCAGUAAAGCACAGACUGUUCCAGUGUCUCACUGUGCACAAGAAUGGGAUUGACAAGACCCCAAGUUACCAGAUAACAUACUCAAUGAAUAGCUUACUGCAAUUAAAGCACUCAUUUUUUACUGACUCCAUCCAAACUUUGUUAAAACUGUGAGACACUAAGAAAAUUAUCAAAUGCCUAGUGAUCUUUUAACAUGUUACUGUCUAUAUAUACAUACCUACAUAUAUAUAUAUAUGGUUGUUUCUGGAAAGCAAGGCUGUGACAGUUCGGCCUAAAUAUGAAAAUUGUUUCCUCCACUGGUUUGUUGCCAUAUAUGCUCAGCUAGGAAAAGGAGAGUCUUACCAAAUAACCUCAAGAGUAAUUAUUUUUAAAAAUGUAAAUGUGUUAAAUUCUUGUAUCUUUUAUGGUAAUUUUGCACACUUCUAAGAACUGUUACAUAAAAAUUGUUUAAAACACUGGAUGUCUAUUAUCGGCUUACUUAAAUGCACAUGUUUAACAGCUACCUGGGGUUUAAGUUACAGCUCACAAUUACUAAAAUUUUUUUCAUGAAUUGAUAAGGACGUUUUUGUUGUUAUACUAAUAAAGUGAUAGUGAUUAAAUUA